AAACAAGUGCCCGUGAUAAACAGAUUAAACAGAGUUAUCACAUGACACGAAGAUGGCGGCAACACCCGCCUCUAAAUUAUCGAGACAGGAACACCUUUAUAAGAUUCUUGUGAUAGGAGAAUUCGGUGUAGGAAAAACAUCGAUUAUUCGCCGUUAUACUGAAGGUUCCUUUUCUCCGAACUACAAACUCACAAUAGGCGUCGAUUUCGCAUUAAAGCUUUUGGAUUGGGAUGAACAUACAAAGAUCAACCUUCAGCUAUGGGACAUCGCGGGUCAUGAAAGAUUCGGGCACAUGACUCGUGUUUAUUACAAAUAUGCAAUAGCGGCCAUUAUUGUAUUUGAUCUUUCUCGUCCGGCUACCUUCGACUCUGUCUCAAAAUGGCUUGGUGACGUUAAUUCCAAAGUAAUGUUAGCCAAUGAGCAGCCGGUUCCUGUUCUGUUAUUAGCAAACAAGUGUGAUCUCCAAGAUGUUGAUGUUGACUCUAAACGACUAGACCAAUAUUGUCAAGAAAAUUCCAUUACGGGCUGGUUUCCUACAUCAGCUAAAACUGAUAAGAAUAUCGAUGAAGCAAUGAAAUUUCUGAUAGAGAAAAUUCUGGAGCUACCUUCGGAAAGUCAACAACCUUCGGAACACAUCUCUCUCUCAACCUCCAUCAGAAAACCCCAAUUUGAUGACUCCUUUGAAAUGGAGAAAGUCCCGCCCAAACAAAAAGAACAAUGCUGUAGCUAACACCUGUGUUGUCCUAGUUACAUGUACACAUGUACAUAUUUAAUUAAUUUUCACUGAAAUUUGAACCGAGUAUCCUUACGAGAUAAUCUUAAAUCAAGCAUAAUUUUUGGAUCAGAAUUACAAUUUUUAUGUUUUUAUAUCAAAAAGUGUGUAUCAUUUUUGAAAUUAAUUCUGUCACAACGUACCAUUUUCAACUGGAAAAUAAUCGUGUUUUGACAUUCAGUAUAAAGAUAUAAGUGAACCUCACUGCAUAAUGUGUUAAUUCCUGCGUUCAUGAUUUUUCUGUUAGUCGAAAAAUAGCAUUAAUGACUUCUUAAACAGUAGAGAUACGAUGUACAUGUAUUUCAUUGAAACAAUUUAUAAUUAAGCACUUUUAAAUUU